CAAAAUGACCUGAGGGGCGCCUCGCUCGAACUUUCGGGCCGCCGGAGAAAAUACGUCAUCGGUUACGUCAUAAAUCGUGUCGUCAUAGAUGCUGGGUCCGGGGAACCCACCGUGGGUGGCGAAGGGGGACCCAGGAAUACGUCACAAACAUUUUCGAUGAGAUAGAGUAUUCAAUAACGAUGGAAAAUGUAACAAUUUCAGUGAAGGUAGAUGGAACUAAUUGAGUACAGGAAAGUAUAUUCAUACGGAAAGUGAUCACUAUAGCAGGUGAAUUUGAAAUUAUUAAAAGAGUGGAAGGGAAUAAUAGAGAUAAUUGCACGCACAAAGUUUAUUGAACGAAAGCAGUGCUAAACAGAACGAUAAAAAACGUAAAAUACAGAAAAAACAAGACGUGUGCUGGCUUUUGGAAAAUAAAAAGUAACAGGCUUUGUAAUAAAUAGUUCAUGAAUAAAAAUUAUUGAACACACAAAGUUUAUUGAACGAAAGCAGCGCUAAACAAAAACCAAGAGACAUCUCAUAGAAAACAGAAAAAUUACGACACGUGUUGGCUUUUAGAAAUAAAAAAAAAAAAAACAGGCUUCAAAAAAAAUUGAUAAAAAAAAAAAAAAAGGUUCGAAGGAGAUCAAAAUAAGCACCUCUCUCACGUGACGGGCCUUCCGUGCGAUGCUUAGUGUCAUAGACGAUGGUACCGAUUAUCGGAACGCUGCGGUUAUAAGGACAAGCAUCAAAAUGAAUAAGAUACAGAGGCGGACUCCCCGGGUGGAUCACUCCACCAAGAAGAACCCGAUGCAGGGGUACCGCCCGGGCAUUUGGACAAGCUGCUUCAACAUGUUCAUCUCGCCCUCCGUCGAAACCUACUGGGCGGAGUGCCUUCGAUAUAUGUGCUCCGUUGAGAAGAGGUCGCAGUUCAAGACGUCCCACAAGAUACAUGCUUCUUCCAGCAACUACUUCAACGGCGGACCAAGUUCUGUUGCCGUGGUGCCUCCUCCCCACACCCGUUUCCCUAUGACGGUGGUCUCCCCCAUCAGGACGUCCAACAAGCCACACGCCGUCCUGUCCUUCAUCACGUGGGACGACCACUACAGAGACCUUAGGGGACUCCUGGCGCAGGCCCUCCAGGCGAACACCCAUUUCACAGAAGGGUUCGUCCUUAACACCAUAGAGACAGACGCUUCAGAGGAGAUGGGAGAACCUCUGCUGUGGUAUCCUGUGGCACACAUCCUGGGCGGUGUCCGGUUGCCCAUGUAUCCCAGCGAGGGGAUUCAACAAGAUAAAAAGGCUCUGGGGACAAACUUCACCCUACUUCAAGAUUAUUACUACGAGCACGCGAAGCUCACCCUCAUCGUCGACCACGGAGAGAGAGGGAGGAUAUCCCCCCUCCUCGACAAGAAACACCACGAGUCGAAAGUGAAGAACCAGCUGGUCUUAGGAUACAAAUCCCUGGAGGACUCGACCGAUCCUCAGCUGCUCGUGGGAUGGGUCAGAUGGUCGGGAGCCUGGGUCGCCUACACUUACUUACAAGAGAAGAAACUGCCGGUUUCUUCCAUUAGUUUGUACGUCAGAGAGAAGGAGCACGUCGUCAGACGGCGGCAGCCCAAGGAGACGUUCAAGUACGUCGUGAUGCUGGAGGUGAUCACGUACGACUCGGACCAGCUGCAGCAGCUGAGGGCGGCCACGCAGCGGCUCCGGGUGGAGAGGUGGAGCGGUUACAUCUGCCUCUACACAGUUCACACCCUGCAAGACUUCGCCGACAACUUCAACAGUAGCGACAGCAUAAGCAAGUUCGUCGGCGACAUCGUAUGACAGAAGAGUUACUUAGGACAUUGAUUCCGAAAAGCAACCAGUGUUUGACUGAAGUUAUUAUCAUUAAUAAUAAUAUCAUCAAAAGUUGGAGUCAAGAACUAUGACAAAUAAUAUCUGUUGCAUUAUUAUCAAGUACGAAAGUGAAGGACUGCGCCAUAUGAAGUAUACCUAAUAGAUAUACAGGAAUUCGUAAAGAAAAUUGACUCCAUUAGAUGGAAUUGGAACUCUGACUUCUGGAAAUGUUAUGUCGCGAAAGUGUGAUUCCCGAUCAAUAAUUCUUAUCAUUAGUAUUGUUUAAAAAAACGCGUAAAUUGUCAUGAGCUUGCAAAGCAUGCCUUCAGAUAAUAAAACGGUCACUUGUGACAAUAAUGAACUACGGAGAUUGAAAAAACAGACAUUAUAAAUAUAUUACAAGUGGUAUAAAGUAGGUAUAAAUCUAAAGUGUUACGAAAUUGUUAAGUACUAAAAAAAGAAAAAAAAGCGGAAUUUGUCAGGUAUGCAUCAGAGUAUAAAUAAAAUCAUUGUCGUUUAACACUCAUGGUAUUCGAACAUCUUCAUGCAAUGCCAUUUGUUAUGGAAAUAUGGCUAUAAAAAGUACCAUAACGUUAAGACUAAAUUACAAAAGGUCACAGUUUAUAAAGAAAACUGUGACGACAACUUAAUUACGGUGCAGAUACGACAAAUAAGACAGUGAAUUGGUGCCUGUACAAUUUGCCGUCUAUUAACUCAGUGAUACGUUUUUAUUCUCUCUCUAACACUGAAUUUACGUCUAAAUUUUUCUUUGCUAGCACACACCAACACACCUUGGUUGAAAUGAUGACACGCAUGGCUAAAUCAUUCCAAAUUUGUAGUCAGAAAUUAUUAUAUGCUAAAAAGGAGAGGCUAUAAUCGAAAUUCUCCCUUAGAAGUUAUAAUUCCGGAUUUGUUGAAACCUACUAAAUUUACGAAUAAAGAUUUUGAUUUAGAAAUUAAACACCUGAUACAUUCACAUUCAGCUAACUAAUAAUGCUGAUUAUGAUAAUAAGAGAGUUUGGUGCUCUAAUGCCCAAAACGGAAUCAAAGAAAACGGUUGAGUGUGGUCAAAACAAGACAGUAAGUAAAGAUCAAAAAUAUAUUCACCGAGCAUACAUAAACCAUUUGAAACUUCUGAACUUCUGAAAUUGCAUAAUUAUUCCUACAUGGCACCAUUAUUCCUACAUGGCACCACAAUUACCAUGAUCACUAAAUUACUGAAAAUAAGCGACAUGAACAAUGCCUGAGAAAUGGCACACAAAAAUUGAUAAUAUGCUUUAAUCGUCUAUCAACUGCUGAAUUUCAAGAAUAAAGACUGUAAUGUACGAGGUAUAAUUAAUCUUAUACUUUGAUUUCCGGAUAAGAAGAUUUUAGAAAUGGACCUUAUCACUGUCAUCAAUAUGGAUGAAUAUUAUACUAGACCACUGAAUUGUGACUGUAAUCCAACAAGAGACUAUAAAUUAUCAAAUGUAUUAAAAUUUAAGUAGAAUUAUUAGAGAUAAAGAGAACGAGUAAUCAAGUUGGUUCUCAGAUGAAACUGUAAAUAUUUUUAUCAUUACCAUUAAUCAAAAACAUGAAAAUUCGGAACUCCGAAGAAGUGCCGAAUUAGUACGGUAGCUACCAAGUCAUCUAAUGUAAACUUAAAUAGCGCUGACUUUGAUAUAGAAGCUGGUUAGCUAAAUGACAGAGGAGAGAGUUUCGCUCCUUCUAUAUCAAUCAUUGUUUCUGUAUAUUCUACUUUACAUAGAACUGUAUAGUCUUAUAGACCAUAUCCUGUAAAUAGUUUUCGACCUCGUAUCUGAUUUUCUUCUACCAGUUUCAACUCUGUACAUAAAGAACUAUAUGAUAAGCAAAGAUAGUUAUCAAUCCAAACGAAGGAGCACUUCGUCGGUGUACUCAAAUAUUAAGCUCCAAAUACCGUUUACGUACACCAAGACAAUGAGAUUUACUAAAAAUUACAAUACUAUUGUUCCAAUAAUAGACUGCUCAUAUCUUUUCAAUAAAUAAAAAACACAAAAGUAUCAAUUUCAUUAUUAUUAUUAUUAUUAUUAUUAUUAUUAUUAUUAUUAUUAUUAUUAUUAUUAUUAUUAUUAUUAUUAUUAUUAUUAUUAUUGGUAAUGGUGAUGACAGCUGGGCAUGCCCUCUAUUAAAUUUUAAUGCACUCUAACAAAUAAAUAAAGUGGAUUUUAAUUUUCAUCGAAUGCAUAUGAUAUUAAGAGUUGUAUUAAUGGUGUUGCUCUCAUCAUUAUAUUGUUGUUAUUCUAAAAUGGCAAAAACAAAAUUAAUUAGGGAAAACGUGAAAGGCCAAUAAUCACAAAAGCAAGUUUCUAAAUCAUUCAAUAUCCACAAGUAAAGACAAAUUUAAUCACGAAUAAACGAAGAUGAACAGACACACACCAAUAUGCAUACAAAAUAUGUGGUAUAAAUUAGAAUUUAACCCAGGUUUCAAGGUUAAUAACAAUUGCUUAGUUUUAUAAGCAAUUUUUACCACAUGUUCUAAUCUAUCCUGAAAUGUAUCAGCUAUAAAAAAAGUUCUAAGUCUUUAGGUUAAAAGGAGAGACUCUCUGCCACGCUGUAGAGAUUGUGGAAAUAAUAGUAAUCUCUUCUACUGUCUUUUGCCUCAUCUCAUAUCUAUUAUCUUUUACUACAAAGGUUUUUGCAGUGCUUUUAGGUCUGUGAUAUUACACUAACUUCUUUUAAGCAAUUGAUUUGCAAUGAUAUCUUGUAGCUUACAAAUUAUAAAUAAACUGUAUAUAAUUACAUACAAAUUAUAUGCAAUGGAUUUGUUAUUUUAACCUGUACAAAAGUCCAAUAAAUAA